UGAAAUAGUGCAAAGCGAACUGCUUCUGGCAACUCUAUACAGAAUAAUUUUUAAGAAAAAUACAAAAAUUCAUUUUAAAAGAAUUAUGGUUCGUGGAGCACUUCGAGGCGGUCGGCCGAUGCGGGGUGGCGGUGGAAUACGUCCUCCAUUUAAGAAAACAUUCGUUCCACGGCAUCCAUUCGAUAUAACUCUGGCAGAGGUUUUCUUUCCAAAAGUAGCACCGGCUACCGACGAUUCUGCCCUGACUGCGGCACUAUUGAAGCGAAAUCAGGAUUUCUUAAGUCCUACUCCGGCGGAGCAGACAGCAAUUGGAAAUUUGGUUUCAAAGGUUCAGGCUGUUUUGGAUAAUUUAGUGGUUGCUCCAGGCGACUUUAAUACUUGCCAACUAGAAGAAGUUCGCCAAGUGGGCUCCUUCAAGAAGGGUACUAUUCUUUCUGGCAAUACCGUAGCUGAUGUCGUUGUUAUUCUCAAGACACUGCCUACAAAGGAAGCUGUGGACGCUCUGGCGAAGAAAGUUGAAGCUGAUCUGAAGACCAGCAUGAAGACUGAAGUGCUGACAAAGGGCGAGCAGCACACCAUUCUGGCGCACGAAAGAGGCUUUGAUAUAUCGAAUCAGCAGGCAAAGGUCCGCAUUCUUAUUUCUACAUUGCCCCAAAAUCUGCGCAAGCUUGAACCAGAAAUUCACAUGGACCCCAAAUAUACGCAAAGCCAUUUGGCAGCUAUUCGUCAUACACGCUGGUUUGAGGAGAAUGCUCACCAUUCGUCAAUCAAAGUACUGAUUCGGAUUCUCAAGGAUCUCACAAAGCGUUUUGAUGCCUUUUCGCCAUUGUCUCCCUGGAUGCUGGACCUAAUUGCGCAUCUCGCCAUUAUGAACAAUCCAUCGCGUCAGGCCCUGCCUAUCAAUUUGGCAUUCCGUCGCGUGUUCCAGUUGCUGGCAGCUGGCCUGUUUUUGCCUGGUUCGGCGGGCAUUACUGAUCCCACAGAACCGGGUCACAUUCGUGUACACACGGCAAUGUCACUGGAGCAACAGGAUGCAUGCUGUUAUACAGCGCAGACAUUGCUUCGGGUAUUAGCUCAUGGUGGCUAUAAACAUAUUCUAGGUCUGGAGGGCAAUACUAGUAUUGUGCGCGAGAUGUCAGUGUGGAAUGGUGUGUGUGUCUCGCCACUUGGAGCCGUUUAUGAGAAACCAACGGACAAGAAGGAAGGAGAUGCGGAGGAAGACAUUGAGAUGAUCGAAAAUGAAAACGAGGAUGACGGUAGCGACGAUGGUGCCGAAUGAUUUAACAGUUUUAUUUAAGCUAAAUGACAUUCAUUGUAUUGCUAAAUAAUCAUAGACGCCCCAGUUAUGGGUUCAUCCUCAUUUAAA